AAAAAAUAUCAAAAUUUCGUUGUUGGACCUUCGUGUGGCUGAAAAGUUAGUGUAUAUCAGUGUUCUUGGAAUUUUGAUAGCGUACAGAGUGUUUGAAACGCUAAGAGUUUUCCUUCCUUCCCAAAUACCGAUAACUUUGAAAGAAAAGCGUAAAAUAGAAACAUGGAUGCGAUCAAGAAGAAGAUGCAAGCGAUGAAGCUUGAAAAGGAUAAUGCAAUUGACAAGGCCGACACUUGCGAAGCGCAGGCCAGAGAUGCCAAUUCGAAGGCUGACAAAUUGAUUGAAGAAUUGCACGAUUUGGAGAAAAAGUUGGUACAAGUUGAAGCUGAUUUGGUAUCCAAUAAAGAACAACUGGAAAAAGCAAAUCACGAGUUGGAAGAGAAAGAGAAAUUGUUAACAGCCACGGAAUCCGAAGUAGCUACAUUGAAUCGUAAGGUACAACAGAUUGAGGAAGAUUUGGAAAAAUCCGAAGAACGCUCCACCAGCGCCCAACAGAAAUUGUUGGAGGCUACACAAGCCGCUGAUGAGAACAACCGUAUGUGCAAAGUAUUGGAGAAUCGCUCUCAACAAGAUGAAGAACGUAUGGAUCAGUUGACCAAUCAAUUGAAGGAGGCCCGUAUGUUGGCCGAAGACGCCGAUACAAAGUCCGAUGAAGUAUCACGCAAGCUGGCCUUUGUUGAGGAUGAGCUGGAAGUGGCUGAAGAUCGCGUUAGGUCCGGUGAAGCAAAGAUCAUGGAACUUGAGGAAGAACUGAAGGUUGUCGGGAACUCCUUGAAAUCUUUGGAAGUAUCUGAAGAAAAAGCAAAUCAACGUGUUGAGGAAUUCAAACGCGAGAUGAAGACCCUUACGAUCAAAUUGAAGGAGGCUGAGCAACGCGCUGAACAAGCUGAAAAGCAUGUGAAACGUCUCCAGAAGGAAGUCGAUAGACUAGAAGACGAAUUGGGCAUUAACAAGGAUAGGUACAAGUCUUUGGCCGACGAAAUGGACUCCACAUUCGCCGAAUUGGCUGGCUAUUAAGGUUUUCGCGCUCUUCUACACAAAAAUAGACCUUCUAAUCGUAUGCUGAACUAGACAUUGUACUUUUCGUGCUAAAUUAGAAGCUAAACUUUUGUAAUAACUGUUAAAACAAAAUUUCUACAAAAAUUAAAAAUUUUUUAUUCACUGUUAAAUAAACGACACGCC